AUGAUGGGAAUGUCCAUUCCCAGAAGUGGUAUCCCCUGGCUGGACCAGCCGGUCAUGCUUCACUCGUCCAGAGCUGACAAGUGCAAGUUGACCGAGGCACAAUGUGCUUAUCGGAAUAACCACUGGCGAUACUGGUACCAAGCGGAUCACGUCUAUGCUUUGAACACUAUCUAUUUCCUGUGUGCGGUGAUCGGGGUCUUUACUGUUUCGAAUUUGUUGGUCCGAUUUAGUCCUGACUGGGUCAAGCGGACGAGAGUAUGGCGGGCUUCAACGUCGGCUUCACGGUAUAUGGCCUAUCGAGGGUACCGGUUCCCUGUCGUACAUUACUGGUCUCCGCCGCUGGGUGUGAUUGUUUUGGGUCUCGUCGGCGCCGUGUUCUUCUUCGCGAUGACCCUUGGACCGAAACCGUAUUACUGGCCGACAGAUGCAUACUAUGGAAGCAGUCCGCCACUUGCGACCCGAGCUGGAUGGAUGGCGCUGGGACUGCUGCCUUUCGUACUAGCCCUGAGCGCGAAAGCAAACAUGAUCUCUGUGUUGACUGGGAUUCCUCAUGAGAAACUCCAGGUCUUCCAUCACUGGACCAGUUACGCCAUGUUCGUCUUGGCUUUGAUCCACACCUUCCCUUAUAUCGUAUACCACAUCUGGAAAGGCGACAUGGUCAAGCAGUGGAGGACCAGUAUUGUUUAUUGGACGGGGAUUAUUGCCAUACUUGCCCAAACCUAUCUGACCGUCAUGUCUCUGCCUGCUAUUCGGAACCGCUUCUACGAAUUCUUCAAAGCGACACACAUCUGUGCGGCCGUGAUCUUUAUCGUCUUCUUUUUCCUCCACUGCGACUUCCGCCUUUCUUCAUGGGACUACUUCAUUGCUACCGGUGCAAUCUACAUAACCUCUCUCGCUGCAUCACACAUUCGAACCUAUUUAAUGCAAGGCCUCCACACCGCCAACCUCGAGCGCCUCCCUUGCGGUCUCGUUCGCGUCACUGUCCCGACAGUCAUCAAGUGGACGCCCGGACAGCACGCCUUCGUUCGGUUCUUGACAUCAGACUUGCACCUCCUAUCCGCGCACCCCUUCACCAUAUCCUCCGCCUGUCAGAACCCUGAAACCACCGGAAAUGCCUCCGAAUUAAUUUUCUACAUCAAGCCGCGCCGCGGCGUAACCGCCCGCCUGGCAGCAAUGGCCGCCAAGCAACCCGGUAUCUCCAAAAAGAUCUUAAUCGAAGGCCCAUACGGCGGUGUCAGCCCAUACCACAUGUCCCAAUUCGACACCAUACUCGUCAUCGCCGGUGGCUCUGGGGGCGGAUUCUCGCUCGCAAUGGUAGACGAGGCCCUACGCCUAACCGAAAAGCCCAAGAGCGGCCAAGGGCGCCGCAACCUCCAAGUCGUCUUCUCGACCCGCGACGUCGCAAUGGCAGACUGGUACAAGAAAGAAAUCGAAUGCCGACUCUCGAGAUCAACAAUGCUCUCCCUGGAAGGCAACGGCGACAGCGGGUUCGAAACGUCCGUCUCUCUACAUGUCACCUCAACCCCAACCCGCAACCUUAUCAACGACUCCGAAGUCACCUUCACAAUCCCAGACGCGGAGAACCCACCCGAGAAGAAGAUGCCUACUCCCGAUAUCCUGACUACGGGUUCAUUCAGCCUAAAUGUCCACCGGAGUAUCCGACCCGAUAUCCCCGGCUUGAUUGCACGUAGCGUGGCGAUGGCGCAUAGUCAGGGAACUCAUGCUGGGAAGAAGCAACGCAUCGGUGUGUUGGUCUGUGGACCUGCUUCGAUGUUGCAUGACACCCGCAAUGCGGCGGCUCUGGCGCAGACUAGGACGCUUGGGGGUGAGAUUGAGGAGCUUUAUUUGCAUUCCGAGCCUUUUGCGUAA